AUUAUCUGGACAAAAAGUUAUUAAAAUCCCUUGGGAAUUUCAGGAGAGGAUUAAAUAACAGGGAGCGCGGACUGUAAAUUGAUCGCUGGCAACCGACAUAUGUUGCGUUCUCGAUUUUUUGCUGGACAUCGACAUCACACAAAAUGGCAUGUAUUUGUUGUGACAUUCAAGUCAGUAGUUUCCCGCGUACGUUACUAUUUAUUAUUUCAACCUUUUUUAUCCUAAUUUUAAAAUGCCAUUUUACAUGCCCAAACCGAUGAAUCUAUAAUAGCCCUUCAAGCAAUUUGGCGCUUAAAAUGUCUUGUUCCGCGGCAGAAAUCGAACGGAAGCGCCUAGAGGCCCUGCAGCGACUGAACAAAAACAAACAGAGUCCCUUAAAGCAAACGAGUGCUUCGGCGGCCCCACGAACCCCCCACGGUGAUCAGCCCAAUGGCUUAAAAGCCCCCACGGCUUUUCCAAGGAGUCCCUUGGCCGCUGCGAAACCUUACGAUAGGUCUAAUUUUGGAAAUAAGUAUAAAACUACAGUGGACUUUUAUGGCAUCAGCAAGAAAGUUGAAGUGACCUUAGCUUUGAUUUCCUCGACCAGGUUUUGUGUGAAAACAAGUACCUUUAGUGCAGCCGUUAUAGAUGUAUUGAAAAGUAUUCCUUCUCGAAACUAUGAUCCAAACACUAAAGUCUGGAAUUUCCACAUAAAUGAUUAUGACAGUGUCCUUUCCAAAGUAGGUAACCUAAAAACUGAAACUGUAGUGUUAAACCCUUUACCGAAGUUUGUACUUAAUGCUGUAAAAUCCUCGACAACCUCCUUUGAACUAGACACAUCAAAAAUGGAUGAAACCCUUGUGCAAACGUUACUGCCCUUCCAAAUGGAUGGAUUAAGUUUCGGGGUUCAAAAUGGAGGAAGAUGUCUUAUUGCAGACGAUAUGGGCCUAGGUAAAACCUUUCAGGCUUUGGCCAUAAUGGAUUAUUACAAGGAAGAUUGGCCACUGUUAAUUGUAACAACCGCAUCUAUGGGGAGGGCAUGGGAACAAACAAUAAUCCAAUAUCUGCCAUCUGUUCCGGUCCUAGAGAUCCAAACCAAGUCCGAAUCGAUCCAAAAGCCCAAAGUAGUAAUCGUCAGUCAUGAUGGGAUGUCUCGCAACUGUGAUAGCUUAAUAGCAAAAAAAUUCGGCUGCAUUAUAAUUGACGAGUCUCAUAAUUUAAAAAAUUUUAAAACAAAAAUGACCCAAGCUGCUCAAAAAUUAUGUAAAACCAUUAAGAGGGUGGUUUUGCUUAGCGGUACCCCAGCAUUAUCCAGACCGGCUGAACUAUACUCGCAACUCAGCUUGCUGGACGAUAAGUUCUUCGGCUCGUUCUUCGGAUAUGCCAAGAGAUAUUGUGAUUUGAAACAGUCCAACUUUGGUAUGGAUUCAUCUGGGAAAUCGAACUUGCAGGAGCUCGAAAUUGUGCUCAAGAGUAAAUUUAUGAUCCGGAGAAGAAAGGAGGAUGUCUUAGGAGCUUUGCCCAAUAAAACUUUGAAAGUCAUCAAGCUGGACGCUGGCUUGAACGAUUUGGAGGAGGAGGAGAAGAAGCAUUUGGACAUGCUGUCCAGUCAGUUUGUUAAUACGAAAAAGUCGGCGGAAAAGCGGGCCAUUCUGUUGACAUUUUUUAAUGAGACUGCUAAAAUUAAGAUUCCUGCUGUUUGUGCGCACAUAAAAAAAAUCGUAGAAACCAAAAAGAAAUUCCUGGUGUUCGCCCAUCAUUUGGUGAUGCUGGACGCACUAGAAAAGCUCCUAAAUCGCAUGAAUUGCCAAUACGUUCGGAUAGACGGACAAACCAGUUCCACGCACCGGAAUAAUUUGGUCGAGAGGUUCCAAACGGACGAACAUUGUUACGGUGCUCUACUAUCCAUCACCGCGACUAAUGCCGGCAUAACUUUGACCGCGGCCGAACUAGUUGUGUUUGCCGAGCUGCAUUGGAACCCUAGUAUUUUAAGCCAAGCGGAAGCCAGAGCUCACCGGAUAGGCCAAGAGAAACAAGUUUCUAUUGAAUAUUUAUUGGCAGACGGCACCUCCGAUGAUCACAUUUGGCCGCUGUUGCAAGAAAAACAGUCGAUUUUGAAGGAAAUGGGGUUGACUAAGGAGACGUUUUCUAGUGCGGAGCACAGUGCUCCUAAAAGGGAAACUAACCCUAAAAUUACUGGUUUUUUGCAAAUUUCCAAUCAUAAGACUGAUGAUAAUGAUGAUGAUGAUGGCAUAUUUGAUGACGGUUUGGAUGAUGUUUUAUGUAAUAUUGAUUUUUAAACAAGUGAAAUAUCACAAGAACACUCAGGGCGGUUAUAAUAGUGUGGAAUUUUUCAAUUAAUAUUUUUUACUACUUGAUAUUUGUUGUGAACAGUAUAUUUUUUUUGUAUUUUUUUGCCAUUAUGUUUAUUAUUAAAAAAUAACGUUGCUUUACU